AUGAGCUGGGGAUUUCUGCGGGAUCUGCUGAGUGGAGUGAAUAAAUAUUCAACAGGGAUCGGGAGAAUCUGGAUAGCAAUUGUGUUCAUAUUCCGCCUACUCGUUUACGUGGUGGCAGCCGAAAACGUCUGGAAAUACGAACACGACGAAUUUGAAUGCAACACCAAGCAGCCCGGCUGUGAAAACGUCUGCUUUGACCAUUUCUUCCCAGUCUCCCAGAUCAGGCUCUGGGCUCUGCAGUUGAUCCUGGUCUCCACUCCUUCGCUCUUGGUUGCUUUCCAUGUUGCCUAUCGAGAGAACAGGGAGAAGCGGCACAACCAGAAACUCUACAGGAGUCCGGGGGAAAUAGAUGGUGGAUUGCUGUGCACCUACCUCGUCAGCCUGGUUUUAAAGACAGGAUUUGAAAUAGUUUUUCUUUUUCUCUUCUACAAACUGUACAACGGAUUCAAAGUCCCACGACUUGUGAAAUGUGACAUGAGACCAUGUCCUAAUGCAGUGGACUGCUAUAUUUCCAAACCCACGGAGAAGAUGAUUUUCCUCUAUUUUCUGGUGGCAACGUCAGGUGUGUGCAUUUUAUUAAAUGUAAGCGAAUUGAGUUACCUUGUUUGCAAAUACUCCAUAAAAUGUUAUCUGAAGACGUUCAGCAAGAAACAACAAAGCGCAAGAAGCGAUUGCCACAAAUUAAGAACUGUUGGUCAUGGCAGAACAGCAGCUGCUGUUCACAAAUCCCCUUCCUUGCUUCUUAAUACACAAGAUAAACUUGAAAUAAAGCUGCCCGCUGACUUGAGAGAAGGCUAAAGAACACCUCUGCACUCUGCAAGCUGCUCUCGAGCAAUUUCUGUAUUCUGAUCAAUGCUUCACUGAACUGAAAGGGCAGGGAAAAUAUUUAGAUUGCUAUCUAGCAAAUACCCUUUCUCUAUUAGCUUUUUUUUUCUCCUUUAC